CGCGAAGGGUGUGUGAGUUGCUGCAGUAAGUCAAGCUAGGCUGUACAAAACGAGUCACAUGAGUUCAAUUGCAGUCACAUGAGAAUUUGUUGUCAAUUAGAUGUUGUACUUCCUGGAUGGGGAUGACGGUACGGUGGACUCUGAGAAAUAAGUGUUCAUGAAACAACUUGGAUUACUGACUGUUGUGUAGAAAAAGGAAUCAUCUAACUUGUAGUAUUACGCUGCAAUUAAUAUUGAUACAUUUACAGAGAGUAUUGUGCAAAUAAGGGGAUCGUCCCUGAUCAGCCUGCAUUGCCCGCCCUUUGAGUGCAGGGUCUAAUGGAGCCAGAGGUGAAAGAACAUAAGGAGACUUCACCCAUGACCUCCCCAGUAAACAACAACCACUCUAUAGAAUCCAAUCUAACAUAUUCAAGCCUGUCUGAAGACUUGGCGUUUGUGGAUAAUGAGGUAGUUGAAAAGCUAACUGAAGGACUAAUCUCACAUUAUUUACCUGACCUGCAACAUUCAAAACUGGCCUUGCAAGAGCUGACACAAAAUCAAGUAAUAUUACUCGACACCCUGGAACAAGAAAUCACAAAAUUUCGGGAGUGUAAUUUGUUACUUGAUAUAAAUGCCCUGUUUACAGAAGCUAAGUACUAUCAUAAUAAACUGGUAAAUAUAAGAAAAGAAAUGAUGAUGCUACAUGAAAAGACAACUAAAUUGAAGAAAAGAGCACUGAAACUUCAACAACAAAAACAUAAAGAAGCACUGGAGCGAGAACAGCAGCGAGAAAAGGAGCUGGAAAGGGAACGGCAGCUGAUUGCAAAACCUGCAAAAAGAAAAUAAUAUAAUAAUCAAACUGUGCGAUCUGUAUCAGUUCAGAGGCUGUCAAAGAAAGUGUGGGGGGGCAGGUACCUAGUUAGGAUAAAUUAAAUACCCCAUGUUUUCCUAGAACGUUAUUAACAUAGUGAUGUAAUUACUGGUCUGCUGUUUAACUUUUACUGACAUUUACUUGGUUUGUAUUUCUGCCCUGCUUGUUAAGCAUGAAGGAGAGCCUGUGUGUGAAAUCAAGUCAUAUGAAAACAAUUCUGCAUAAUUAAACAGCAAGAGCACAAACACAGUGCAUUUAAAUUGAGGAUGGGCAUGAUGCCCCCUACAAAUUAUAAUGCUUGUUCAAUGGCAUUGGUUGAUUUUUUUUUUUUUACUUGAGUGAUGCGUUCUUUAUAUCACAUGUUCUCCUGGGAUGGAAAGAAGACUCCCAUUACAUAGCGGUUUGUUCGAUUGCAGGUUUUACUGUGAGCCUGCUUGCAAUAUGUAACAAGAUCAGGUGUGUCUAACCAAGCUCCAGAUCAAUCCUGCAAUGGCUCACACUGCUAUGUAAUUGAAGAGUCUGCUCCUUCCAUGUCUUGCUUGGGUAUUGUCGAAAUGUUUUUGUCUGAAAUGCAGCAAAGGACUUUAACUGUAAAUCUCUCAAAAUAACAGACUAUGCACGUGACUAGUUUUUGCACUAAGGGUUUCGAUUUAUAAGGCAAGAGGUUGCAGAAGAUAUUAAUAACAGGUGCCAUAUUAUCAAAAACGUGAUUCUCUAAGACUGGAUAAUCCAAACAAAUUUCAUACCUAAGCAUAAAUAUACUCUGUAAUUGAUUGACUACUGUAUUACUCUUGACAGACAGUGUUGGUAAUCACGUUGCACUGCUGGUUUUUAGGGAGCGGUAGCUCUGGCUUGGUUUCAUAUUGCAAGCCAUAUAUUGUUUUAAUAUGGCUGACUGUAUAUUUACACAUCUGUUAGUAGAGUAGGUACCAACGCCAUUGGAGUUGUUUCAGUUCUAACAUGAAUCAUUAUCUUUGGUAAAAUAUCUGAUGUGUUUUACUGGUAUACUAUUCAGAAGAACUUCCUCUUACUCAUUACCCUGGGAAGAUGUUAUAUGUACCAGAUAAAGUGAAGAAUGUUUGCAUAAUUAUUUUAAUUUAAUGUACAAUAAAACAAAGCAUCUGCUUUUAGAAUACCUCAACAGAUCAAGUUGAGAACACGUGUUGCAAUAUCAUUAAUGCAUCUCAGUUAUUUUACAAUAAAAGCAUUCUUUCAAAUUCAGCAAACACUGUAGUUUACUCAGAAGUACUUCUGGUAUGCAGUAUUCUUUCAGUGAGUCCACAUUCAGGUCUGUGCUGGGUUGUAGCAGAUGGUUGCAGUUGAAAUAAAACCUUUUAAAGUUUUCUAACCAA